UUGGUACUACUUUCAGUUGCAGUACAACUCUGAACUCUAUUAAGUGUCAGAUACAGAUCUUUCGGAGACAACAAGAUUGCAGUUUCUGAAAGAUUGAAUUGAGAGAUGGAACCACACCAAGAAUUGGAGUGGAAAGAAGCUCAAAAGAUUGCAGUAAGCGUUGACCUUGUUGAUGAGGCCAAAAAACAGCUUCAAUUCCUUGCAGCUGUUGAUAGAAAUCGUCACCUCUAUGAGGGUCCUGCACUAGAAAGAGCCAUCUAUAGGUACAAUGCUUGUUGGCUUCCCUUGCUUGCUAAACAUUCCGAGUCUCGGAUUUUUGAAGGCUCUUUGGUCGUUCCUCUUGACAGUGAAUGGGUUUGGCACUGUCACAGGCUCAACCCGGUAAGGUACAAAUCUGACUGUGAGGAACUUUAUGGACGGAUACUUGACAACUUUGAUGUUGUCUCCUCCACUGUUGAAGGAAUCUGUGGCAGGCAAACUGAAGAAAUCUGGAAUCAACUGUAUCCAGAUGAGCCCUACAAUUCUGAUUUGACUAAUGUUUUUCCCAAGGAUAUCUCUGAAAAUAUUACUAGACUGGCAAAAUAUGCCAAAUAUGAUCUGAUCUCAGCUGCUAAGAGGCAGAGUCCAUUUUUUUACCAGGUAUCAAGACCCUACUUGAAAAAUGACCUCUUUAUCAAGGAAGCUGUGGCCAGAUAUAAAGGCUUUCUGCAUCUUAUCAAGAGAAACAAGGAGAAUGGUGUAAAACGCUUUUGUGUUCCAACCUACGAUAUCGACCUAAUCUGGCACUCUCACCAGUUACAUCCAGUUUCUUACUGUAAAGACCUCAAUGAGGCACUUGGAAAAGUAUUGGAACACGAUGAUACAGACUCAGACAGAGCUAAAGGAAAGAAGCUGGAUGUUGGUUUUUCUGGAACCACCAAACAGUGGGAAGACACAUUUGGCAUAAGAUAUUGGAAGGCUGGAGCAAUGUAUAGGGGUAAUGCACCAUGUCCUAUCACAAGUAACCCUUUUUCACCUAGCAUGAUUUGCAAGAAGGUUGUUUCUUCCAAUGAGAAUCGACAAGAAAUUUCACUUAAAGAUCGGAAAGUUGUCGAGGUUCUCUUGGAGUUUGUUGGGGUUAAAAACUUACCAGAGGGGCAGGAAGGAGGUCUCUUUGUUUCAUUUUCCAAAUCACAGCCUGGUGCUUUCUUUGAUGCCAAAAGGAAACUAAGUAUUUUGUCAGAGUCUAGAGAGAAACAGGUUGCAUCUUUCCAUUGUGAAGCUACUGGAGAGCUGCUUUUUGAACUCGUGUCCCAUUCUUCUUCCAAGUUACCUAUAAGAAGAUCAACUAAGACACUGGGAUCUGCUUCAUUCUCUAUGCAGGAGUAUCUUGACCCAGCUUCAGAGCUCUAUGUUGAGAAGUGGUUGGAGUUGGAGCCAAGUUCCAGUACUAUGAGUUCAAAGCCUAUCUUAUUACGUGUAGCCAUAUCAUUUACUAUCCCAAUUCCUGCCCCUUAUACGCUCGAAAUGACUCAAUCUCGUCCAUUUUCCAAAAAUACAUGCUUUUUCAACUUUCCUGUUAAAUCUCAACAUGCCAAGAGUUGGACUCAUGUCACGGAUGAAACUGGUUCCAGAAUCAUCAGCCUUCAGAUGAGGGAUUUGAAAAAUGCAAAGAACGAAGAAAAUCCUGGAAAGGAGGUUGUUGGCCUCAUGGAGUCCGGUGAGACUCACACUCUUGCUAAGUUUAUGAGAAACGGAUGGACUCUUUUGGAGAAUCAUUGGUCGUUUCCCCCAAACAACUGCAGUAAGGAUGGACAUAUCUUUGAGCUUGCAGGCACCAAGAUGGUGAAAAUCUUUCCGGGAAGAAAGCUAGAGUAUGAACCAAGACACUUAGGAAAACAAGGAAAUGAAGUGGACUUCUUAACAGCAGUUGAAUUCUCCACAGAAUAUCCUUAUGGCAAAGCCAUAGCAUUGCUUGACUUGAGAUCUAGACUUAUCACGGCAAAGGAAAAGUGGAUGGUAUUGCCUGGAAUCCUAUUGGCAUUUAUUGCUUCUGAUAUAAUGAAAAGGGAAGGAUAUGAAGGCAUCACUGCUAAAAGUCAAGAUUUGAUGGUGAAUGGUCCCGAUGAGGAAAUCGAAAGGAAAGACCUGAGUGGAGUGGAGUUAAGCAGUAAAGUGUGCACUGGAGAUGCAAGGACAACAAAAAAUUUGGGACUCUCAAGUGGAGGCUGUGGUAGUGGCUGUGGGAAUGCAGUGAAAAGUGGUGGUUGUGGGGGCUGUGGUGCUGGUAGUUGUGGUGGAGGGUGUGGAAGUAUGAUCAAGAGUGGUGGCUGUGGUGGUGGUUGCGGAGGCUGUGGUGGAGGCUGUGGAAGUAUGAUGAAGAGUGGUGGCUGUGGUGGAGGCUGUGGAGGAGGGUGUGGUGGCUGUGGAAAUAUGGUGGAAAGUGGUGGCUGUGGGGGAGGGUGUGGUGGUGAGCUUAUGGACAGCAAAUGCAGCUUCAAUGAGCAUUUGAACUGUGUGAAUGAAGAAUCAGUUGCUGCUGCAUAAAGCAUGUCUGAUGAUUAUGCGUGUCACAAUUGUAUGAUGUUGCAAUUGUGCAGCAGAUUUUAUGUCUAAGUAUUCACUUUCUUUUCCUGAUAAUGUAUUGGUUUGGAGUGGGUCCUUCUGGUCUAGGAUCUAUAUUGUUAGAAGACCGGAUAACAAACCCAACUUUGUUUUCUGCUUAAUUUUAUUCUGUGUUGCUGUCAAAAAAAAAUAUUGAAGAUUUCAUUACAUCAAAAUCAAAUCCUCUUUAAAUCA